AGCCCCGCCGAGCCCGCAGCGCCGGCGGAGCCCGGGGCCAUGGCGGAGUAGCGGGGCGGGGAGCGGGGCCGGCUCCGAGCCGCUCUGGUAGCUCCCGGCAGCCGAGCUGGAGGCAGGCGCUGGCAGCCGGCGGCUCGCAGCUUGACCUCGGUUUGUUUCGGGACUGCAGGCUGGAGCGGCACGUGCGGUGAGCUGGGAGAGAUAAAAGCCGGGAGGAUUUGGGGCAGCUGCAGCAGGAGGGGAAUCCCCCCUCCCUCCCUCGGCCGCCUCCUUGCCCGGCAUGCCGGCACUGCCCCGCUCAGACGUGCCAAGAGUUCUGGGCUUAACUCGCGCCUGGCCGCCCUUGGAAUAGAGACUCUCCGGAUAUCGCAUCGGCUGGGGUUUGGUGUCUAUGUCGUGUUGGGAAACCUGGUGGGAUUUUUUGUCGCUCGAGGAGGAAGAGCCCGGCGCUGGCAGUUGGCUUCGUGGUGUUUUUUGGAGGGCGAAGGAAGGGAAGGGAUCUCGCUUGAGCCGCUCGGAGAGACAGCUCGGACAUGUGUUGUCAGCACAUCUGGGGAAUACAGUCUGCAAGUCCGAAAGGAAAUUUGCUGGGAUCGUUCAAACUGCGAUAUUGAUCUCUGUUAUUUUUUUUCGCCGAGGGAUGCACUUGGCAUGAGAAUCGGAGGAUGGAAAUUGUUUGGGAGGUGCUUUUUCUUCUGCAAGCGAAUUUCAUCGUCUGCAUUUCAGCUCAACAAAAUUCACCAAAAAUCCAUGAAGGCUGGUGGGCUUAUAAGGAGGUGGUCCAAGGAAGCUUUGUUCCUGUGCCCUCCUUUUGGGGUUUGGUGAACUCAGCUUGGAAUCUUUGCUCUGUUGGGAAAAGACAGUCACCUGUCAAUAUUGAAACCAGCCAUAUGAUUUUUGAUCCCUUCCUAACUCCUCUUCGCUUGAACACAGGGGGAAGAAAGGUCAGUGGGACGAUGUACAACACGGGCAGACACGUGUCCCUGCGGCUGGACAAGGAGCACCUGGUGAACAUCUCGGGGGGCCCCAUGACCUACAGCCACCGCCUGGAGGAAAUCCGGCUACACUUCGGCAGCGAGGACAGCCAGGGCUCAGAGCACCUCCUCAACGGCCAGGCCUUCUCUGGGGAGGUUCAGCUGAUCCACUAUAACCAUGAGCUGUACACAAAUGUCACAGAAGCUGCAAAGAGUCCUAAUGGGUUGGUGGUAGUUUCCAUAUUUAUGAAAGUAUCUGAAUCAUCAAACCCAUUUCUAAAUCGAAUGCUUAACAGAGACACCAUAACGAGAAUAACGUAUAAGAAUGAUGCAUACUUACUACAGGGGCUUAAUAUUGAGGAACUUUAUCCAGAGACAUCUAGUUUCAUUACAUAUGAUGGGUCAAUGACAAUUCCACCCUGCUAUGAAACAGCAAGCUGGAUAAUAAUGAACAAACCUGUCUACAUAACAAGGAUGCAGAUGCAUUCUUUACGACUGCUAAGCCAGAAUCAGCCAUCACAGAUAUUUCUGAGCAUGAGUGACAAUUUCAGACCAGUCCAGCCUCUCAACAAUCGAUGUAUCCGAACCAAUAUCAACUUUAGUUUACAGGGAAAAGAUUGUCCAAACAAUAGAGCACAGAAACUACAGUAUAGAGUAAAUGAAUGGCUCCUCAAGUGAGGCAGAGCAGGCAGGACCCAAAUCCUCAGUGGAUGCUCCUUUGGGAACUGACAUCAUCUACAAUGCACCCACUCCCUCUCUGGGCUCACGUGCACCAUGUGCUGUGGGGAAGGAGCUGCCAUGCUGGAAAACUCCUCAAAGCUCAUUCAUGUGAUUGGUGCCCAUUUCAAAACAAAACAAAACAAAACCAAGAAAAAGCAUUGCAGUAAACGUGAUUAUAAUUUUCCUGAACUAAUUUAGAGUCACAAAGAAAGACUUUUCAGCCUUUGUACAUAUGAAAUUCUUCCUCUUCUCCCCACCUCUCCCUCAAUUGAAAAAACAAAAAAAAAAAUGAAAAAAGGUGGCUCAGUACAGCAUCAAAGUGGAGUUGUGUUCUGUGUGCCAAGUAAUCCUUGGAAAGCUUUCAUUAUUUCACAAUCAUUAAUGGAUACUGACAGGACAGAACAAGACUACUGUAAAGGAAACUUAUUUCUAGGUUAUGAUCUUUCUGUUAAUAAAAUUUAAAAAGGGACAGACUUUGAGAGAUAAGUAUUGUAAAUAUAUCACUGCAGAAUAUAAAGGAAAUUGAAAUAUUUCCCUCUGUCACAUAUCUGUAGUAGGAUUUGGCAAAAUCAGAAUAUAUCCAUUUUCUGUUUCUUGUUUUGCAACAGAUCAUACGUUGUGUUGGUUACUAUUAACAGCUCAAUAAAUGUCUUUAACAAA